AUGAAGUCAUUGUGUUCGCCCGUUCACCGCCGAUCCGUGGUGUACGCCUGCACGGAGGACGCGUUCCCCGCGCGGCGUCUAGAGCAGCUAAGGGCCGCCCGCCGGCUGACCACCGCUGUCACAGACCUCAUCCUGAUCGAGCACGCACCGGACGUGGACAGUCUGCAGGUGUGCUGUGAGCGGCGCGUGCCGCAGCUGGCCGGCCGGCGGCCGCUCUGCGCACUCAUCAUCGACUCUGUGGCCGCCCACUUCCGGUGCCAGUACGAGGCCGGCGAGGGCGGCCGGCGCGCGCGCGAUCUCCAGACGCUGGCCGGCACGCUGCGUCGCCUCAGCCGACAGCACAGCGUGGCUGUGCUCUGCGUGAACCAGGUGACGAGCGUGCCGCGUGACGGGGCGGCCGGCGGCGUGACGCCGGCGCUGGGCCUCGCCUGGGCCACCCAGGUGACAUGCCGGCUCCAGACGACGCGCACCAGGUUCAGCCUGGCGCACCGGGAGCGGCCGUCGGAGGCGGCGCCGCGGCUCAUGCAGCUGCGCGUGCACUCGGCGUCCCACCUGGCAGCCGACGCCGCCUACUACCAGAUCGAGGCGGGCGGAGUGCGCGGCGUGCCCGUCACGGACAGCACGCUGCUCGUGCCGCUGCCCGACUGAGCGCCGCCGCCUCGGCCCGCCAUCGAAUCCACCAACUGCUAAGGGUCGCUCAGUCGGACGCACCAAACGCGCACAACGUGACUCCAGGACGCGGUCCGCAGCCACCGGAGAUUGGGCGCUCGAGGUGCGCGCCGCGCCCACCUACCCAGUUUGAGGUUGUCUCCGCAGAGGAUGGCGGCGCCGAGCCUCUCCAUCAGCGGCGACACCACCGUCAGCUGCAGCAGGUCCAGCACGUACACCAGCCGGCUGGUGGCCACCUGCCGGUCACCGCGCACGCGCCGCCGUCAGCCCACGGUGGGACAGUCCGACCUGCCGCGGCCUCCACCCGUCAGAGCAGAGACCAGCGGCGGUCAACCCGUGUACAGCGCAGUGCAAUCUUACAAUAUGGUGUGCCACAACAUGCGUGAAGAGGGUCUCACGUUAAGUCAGCACUCAA